AUGUCUUGGCAGGCUUAUAUCGAUGACAGUCUUAUCGGCAGUGGGUACAUGCACAGUGCGGCAAUUGUUGGUCUAUCCGAUGGGAGCUACUGGGCUUAUGGAGGAACCUACAUCCCACAGCCCGAUGAGGUUGCUCAUAUAUUAAAAUGCCUGGGGAAUUUUCCGCUCGUACAAUCUUCUGGUGUGACCAUUUAUGGUGUGAAGUUUUUUGGUCUGCAGUGUGGCACCGAUGGUGAAAUGAAAUAUAUUUUUUUUAAGAAGGGUGCUGCGGGUGGGUGUGUCUACACCUCGAAACAGACAGCCAUUAUUGCCGUCUAUGGGAACCCUGGGGAUUCAUCAUCUCUUCAACAUGAUCUUGAAAAGAAGGGAGAAGCCGACGUUGCAGUCAACCCAGCCGAUUGCAACUCCACAGUGAAACGAAUUGCGGAGUAUCUUAUCAGUUUGGAGUACUAG